CCCACUAGGACGUGCGAGGAGCGACGACGCAACGCUUUGCCGCUGCGGCCCCGACUCCCUUUCUCCCUUGCCGGGCGAGAGGUGUCUAUGGGGCACCCGCUGCAGCCGCCGAUACCGCCACCGCCGCCGGGUGCUGUCUCUAUGGCGAGGAGGAGGAGGAGGAGCGCGCGCUCAGAGACACAAGUACACAAAUAAGGGGUAAAAUAUUUUAUGAAACAAAUCUUCAAUCAAGUAUAAUAUUUUGAUGCUUGGCAUCUAGACUCCUUUGCCCUCACUAUGCCAGCAGCAACUGUAGAUCAUAGCCAAAGAAUUUGUGAAGUUUGGGCUUGUAACCUGGAUGAAGAGAUGAAGAAAAUUCGUCAAGUUAUCCGAAAAUAUAAUUAUGUUGCUAUGGACACCGAGUUUCCAGGUGUGGUUGCAAGACCCAUUGGAGAAUUCAGGAGCAAUGCUGACUAUCAAUACCAACUAUUGCGGUGUAAUGUAGACUUGUUAAAGAUAAUUCAGCUAGGAUUGACAUUUAUGAAUGAGCAAGGAGAAUACCCUCCAGGAACUUCAACUUGGCAGUUUAAUUUUAAAUUUAAUUUGACGUUAUGUGCUUUGGGUUUUAUUUGCUCUUGGUCUGGGACUUCAAUGGGACCUGGGAAUCCAUGUUUUUGUGAGGAUAUGUAUGCUCAGGACUCUAUAGAACUGCUAACGACAUCUGGUAUACAGUUUAAAAAACAUGAAGAGGAAGGAAUUGAGACUCAGUACUUUGCAGAACUUCUUAUGACUUCAGGAGUAGUCCUCUGUGAAGGGGUCAAAUGGUUAUCAUUUCAUAGUGGUUAUGACUUUGGCUAUUUAAUCAAAAUUCUGACUAACUCUAAUUUGCCUGAAGAAGAACUUGACUUCUUUGAGAUCCUUCGGUUAUUUUUUCCUGUCAUUUAUGAUGUAAAAUACCUCAUGAAGAGCUGCAAAAAUCUCAAAGGUGGCUUGCAGGAAGUUGCUGAACAGUUAGAGCUGGAACGGAUAGGACCACAACAUCAGGCAGGAUCUGAUUCAUUGCUUACAGGAAUGGCCUUUUUCAAAAUGAGAGAAAUGUUUUUCGAAGAUCACAUUGAUGAUGCCAAGUAUUGCGGCCACCUGUAUGGCCUGGGCUCUGGCUCGUCCUAUGUGCAGAAUGGCACAGGGAACGCAUAUGAGGAAGAAGCCAGCAAGCAGUCAUGACAUGAAAUCAUUUUUUUAAUUUUUAUUUUAUAUUAGGUAUACAUGUGCUUGUAAAUAGGUUUUAUCUCUGGUUGAAUCCUUUAACGGUAGACAGUACCUCCCCCCCCCCCCAUUCUCUUUGUAGCCCACUAUUUUCUGCCUUUCAGUACAAAGUAUGACCUUCCCCAUCUAAGAUCUUAAUGAAUAAAAGUGCAUUCAGGUUAGAUUUGGCCUUAUUGAAGAAUUUGAUAAACUCCGCAUACUUGAACUUGGUUUUGGUUUUUCCCCUUUCCUAAAUUAACUAGCAUUAACUGUAAUUUAUUCCCUGUUUCAUGUUUCUCCUUCUGCAAUACUUUUAGGUAUUUGAGAUUGUGGACCAUCAAUUUUGCACUUUAGAGAGAGAUUUCAAUCCUCUGUUCUACCAGAAAUUGUGGUUUUUCUUACUCUUGGCUGGAAAAUAACCAUCUGCCAACAUUUUACAGUAUUUGCUUGUUUUUGAUGUCCAGAGUAAAGCACGUGCUUUGUGCAAACGGUUGAUUCAGCUGGACUAACAGAAAAAGACAAGAAACUACUGAGAGCAUAGUAACUACUAUUUCUGCAGGUGGUGUUUAGUCUUCCAAACACAUCUCUGUGUCUGCUGGUUUCUAAUUGGCAUGUAUAGGCUGCUCUUUGACUAAAGGAUUUUAAGCCAGCUUUUUACCCUUCAGGAAAAAGUCCUUGUGAUUGGAUAUUGAUUAUCUUCCAGGACACUGGCAUUCAAGAUAUUAAAGCUAAUCUUAUUUUAUAAUAGUCCUCUUUCUUUGAUCAUUUUAUUCAAUCACUGUUUAUUCUUAAUGCUUUACAGUCAUACUUGUGAUGCCUUGAUUUGCUGAGUACACAAAUCAAUUUCAUUAAAGUCCAAAGAUUUAGAUACAUUUUAUAUCAAAUUAAAGUAUCAAAAUUGUGCUUACAUAGUUUAAACAAAGAUGGUUGACAGAUUUGGUGCAAAACAAAAAAAAAUGGUAAUACAUAUGUAGCGAGUAAAAUUACCUGAGGAGUGUAAUGCUUGUUUAUUUUUUGUGUAUAUCUUUGCAAUCUAUUUUAUAUAUAUUGAAAAAAGACUGUGAAAUAUUUAGACAUGCACAAUAUAUGACCAGACCAGAGCAUUAUUGGAAGACUAUUCGGUAAUCAUUAACUCUGCCCUGAAGUGAUAGCCUAUAAGUUGUUAUGUGUGUUACCUAAACUUCAAUCAUUAAUUAGAAAAUCCAAAUGUUAGCAACUUAGUUUGUUUCCCUUGUAUAUUCUUUAUUCGUGAUAUUACAAUGCUAUAACUGGGCGAUCCUUUUUAAACAAAACAUUAUUUGCAAAACAGAGGGUAUUAUUUGUUUUUAAAGCUUUUGUAAAUAAAGGCUUCAGAAGUGUUUUCUUA